AUGGAGAACCAGACACAAAACCAGGCUCCCCCCGCCCUCGGGCACCGCCGCGCCGCCCAAAACGCCGCCUUCCGAGAAAAACUGCGGCAGAUGGCGCUUCCGCUAGCCCCGCUCGUCCAGCUGACGACGGGCGAGAUCCACCAGUCGUUCCCGUCGACACUGCUCAACUUCUGGCUGCUGACGGACGCGGAGCUCGAGGAGCUAGCACACUUCUACCACCAGCGGACGCCCUGCCAGUGGACCUUCCACUACCCGUGCCCCAUCGUCUGGGCCCCGGACAUGCCGCUGGAGGAGAAGCGGCGCCGCAUCGGCCGCUUCAUCGGCCUGCGCGGGUGCGAGACGCCGACGGUAGCCACGGCGGCCCCGGCCAGGAGUUUAAGCGAGGAGGAGAUUCUCGAUCAGGCCAGGCAGGCUAGGUUGUUUUCGGGCGAGGAGGAGGCGUGGAGGAGGAAGUUUGGCUGGUAUAAUUGA